AUGGUUAUUAUUACAACUACAACUACUACAGCAACAGCAACAACUACAACAGCGACUACAGCAACAACAACAGCGACAACAACAACAGCGACAGAUUAUUUAACUUCACAAACUCUAUUUUAA